AUGGCUGUAACGUUAUGGCUCACGGCUUUGGCCGCCGCGUCAGCAGCUGCCUUUCCACAUGUUUCUGCGAAAGUUGAGUCCAAUGUGUUCAACGCAGAAGUUGAUCUGCAGGGCCUCUCUCCUACAGUCAAGGCUCUCUUUCUCCCACGCUCCUCUGGCAUCACUUCUCCCAAAAACUCGACUUCCAGGUGCAAAGUUUACCCUGGAGACCCUGAGUGGCCCUCAGACGAAGCCUGGUCCCAGCUAAGCAAACUCACUGGCGACCGCGUCAUCGCUGCGCCUACUCCUCGAGCUGCAGUUUGCUACCCAGGCGAGGACUACAACGCCGCAGAAUGCUCCAAAUAUACCGUUGCAGAAUGGCAGAAGUCCUACCUCCACAUGGUUGAUCCAAUCGAGAUGAUGUCCCCAGUAGCACAGGGCAUGACAUGCACCAUCCCAGCCCUCUUCGACUCUCACGGCUGCACUCGAGGUGGCUUUCCCAUGUAUGUCGUCAACGCCACCGAGCCCAAGCAUGUUCAACUUGCCGUCAACUUUGCAAGGAAUACGGGCGUUCGACUCGUCAUUAAGAACACCGGCCAUGACUUUCUCGGAAAGAGUGGUGGUAAAGAUGCCCUUAGCAUCUGGACGCACAACAUGAAGGACAUUGAGUACAUUGAGGAGUAUGUUGACUCAAAGCUCAACUACUCGGGCCCUGCAUUCAAGAGCGGUGCUGGUGUCCAGGCGUUUGAACUCUACAAGGCUGCUUCUGAAAAGGGCAGAGUUGUUGUUGGCGGAGAAGGCGAGACAGUCGGCAUUAUGGGAGGCUACAUCCAGGGAGGAGGCCACUCACCCCUAACUCCCCUUUAUGGCACUGCUGCCGACAGUGUCCUCUCUAUGGAAGUCGUCACUGCGGAUGGCGAAUUCGUCGUCGCAAACUCGACCUCCCACACCGACCUUUUCUGGGCCCUCCGUGGUGGCGGCGGCAGCACCUUCGGCGUCGUCACCUCCGUAACUGUAAAAGCGCAUCCAGACCUCCAAGUCACUGCCUCCCGCUUCGGCUUUAAAUCCAGCGACACAGGCGUAGAGACCUUCUGGUCCGCCAUCCGCGCCUACGUCGACUCCUUCAUCGCAAACGCUGACGCAAGCACCUACACAUACUGGGUUCUAAUCCCCACCAACGGCACCUUCUCCUUCUCCUUCUCCCCCUUCUUCGCCCCCGGAAAAUCCCUCGAAGAAGCAACCGCCUUGCUCCAACCCUGGUUCACAGAACUCGACAACCUAGGCAUCAAGUACGACCCAAACAUCACCCACUUCGACAACUUCUACUCCGCCUGGAGCUCCUCCUUCCCGCUAGAAGCUGUCCAGAAGCCCAAUGUAGCAACCGCCUCGCGCCUCUUUCCCCGCGCAAACUUCGAGACUGCGGAGAAGCGCCAGGAGUUUUACGAGAAUAUUCGUCGCUCAUCGGAAAACAACCGUGUCCAGGUGCACUUCAACAUGCAGGCUAAGGACCCAUACAACACUGAUAACGCGGUGAACUCGCACUGGAGGCCUCUCACCUCCUUCAGCAUGCAAUCGGUGCGCUGGCCCCUGAACAGCACUGCCGAGCAAAUCCUCAAGAUCCGAAAGGAUUUCCAGGAGGGUGAUAUGCAGGCUUGGAGGGAUAUUAGUCCUGGUGCGGGUUCGUAUCUUGCUGAGGCGGAUCGCUUGGAGCCAGACUUUGGAGAGGCGUUUUUCGGUGAGAAAUACCCGAGGUUGUUGGAACUCAAGGAGAAGUUGGAUCCUGAAGAUGUGUUUUUUGCGACGACCGGCGUGGGCAGUGAGCGGUGGAGGGUGGAGAGUGUUGAUGGGCUACCGAAUGAGAAUGGAAAGUUGUGUCGUGUUGAGGUGUAA